AUGGUGUUGAGCCCGGUGCUGGGGAAGCUCGUCAGCAAGAGGGUGGUGCUGGCCAGCGCCUCGCCGCGCCGGCAGGAGAUUCUCACCAACGUGGGGCUGCGGUUUGAAGUGGUUCCUUCCUGGUUUAAGGAGACACUUGAAAAGUCAUCUUUUGCAGCCCCUUAUGAGUAUGCCAUGGAAACAGCAAAACAGAAAGCUCUUGAAGUAGCAAACAGAAUGCAUGUAAAACACCUGAAAACACCUGAUGUUGUCAUAGGAGCAGACACUAUUGUGUCUGUGGACGAUGAGAUCCUGGAGAAACCAGUUGAUAAGCAAGAUGCUUAUAGGAUGCUAUCAAGGUUGAAUGGGAAAGAGCACAGUGUUUUCACAGGAGUUGCUAUUAUACAUUGCAGCAGUAAAGAUAAUCAGCUAGAGACAGAAGUCACUGAUUUCUAUGAGGAGACUAAAGUAAAAUUUUCUGAUCUAUCUGAAGAGCUCCUGUGGGAGUACAUUCAUAGUGGUGAGCCAAUGGACAAGGCUGGUGGAUAUGGAAUCCAGGCACUUGGUGGAAUGUUAGUUGAGUAUGUCCAUGGAGACUUCUUGAAUGUGGUGGGAUUUCCGCUGAAUCACUUCUGCAAAAAACUAGCAGAAUUGUACUGUCCACCCCCUAAACAUAACAUACAUCAUAAGAAGUAUGACUCUAUCCCUUCUGUGGACACUUUUGAGAACCUAAGUGAUGGAGAAAGUGAAUCGUCAAAUUUCACAGAGCACAAAGGUGCUAAUAAGUUGGACAUAAGUGGGAUGUGUCCCUUAGGCGCCAUUUACAACUCCCAGAACAGUUCUAGUGCCAGACCUGGUUUUGUGGUUCCUUUGAAAAAUCAAAAUGGAGUGUCAAAAAGUGCAGAAAAACUUCCACCUAAAAUUCUAGAGCUGAUGGAUGGUUUUAGAGCUUCAAAGGCUCUGUUUAUAGCCUCUAAACUGAAAAUAUUUGAUCAUCUAAAAGAUAAGGGACCACUGAAGGCUGUGGAUAUUGCAAAUGAGGUUGCAGCCUCUCUGUGUGGAACAGAAAGAAUCCUUGAUGCAUGUGCUGCUCUUGGAUUACUGGAGAAAACACCACAAGGUUACAGUAAUACAGAUUCAGCAAAUACUUACCUGACCUCAGAUGGUGAAUACUCAGUUCAUGGCUAUAUUAUCCACUCUAAUGACCACCUUUGGCCUCUCUUCACAAAUUUGGAGUCUGCUGUCAAAGAAGGCAAGAGGCAGAGCCAUCGAGCCUUUGGAACGAAAGAACAUGAUUUAUUUAAGGACUAUUAUCACAGCCAGGAGUUGAAGCAACGUUUCAUGGCUGCCAUGCAUAGCAUUGCUCACCUGACAGCAAGAGAUGUGGCUACAGCAUUUGACCUGUCACAGUUUAAAUCUGCUUGUGAUUUAGGAGGUUGCACUGGAGCCCUGGCUCAUGAAUUGGUACAAGUAUACCCAAAUCUCAAGGUCACAGUAUUUGACCUUCCGGAAGUCAUUGCAAAUACAUCUAACUUCCAGUCUUCAGGACAACACACAGCUUCAGUGGCAUAUGUAUCAGGUGACUUCUUCAAGGAUAAUAUUCCAGAAGUUGAUCUUUAUAUCCUUUCCCGCAUUCUUCAUGACUGGCCUGAUGAAAAAAUACACAUUCUGUUAAGCAAGAUAUCAGCUGUGUGCAAACCAGGAGGUGCCCUGUUAGUGGCAGAAAUUGUGCUUGAUGAACAGAAGAUGCACCCUCCUAGAGCUGUACUACAGUCCCUCAGCAUGACUGAAGGCAAGCAGAGAAGUGGCUCAGAAUAUAUACAGUUACUGGAGAAAUACGGAUUCACAAAUGUACAAAUUAAGAUCACAGGAAACCUAGUAGAUGCUGUUUUGUGCUUCAAGAAGGAUCUGUCACCAUAGUGUGCCCAAUAACAAAUGGGGAUGCUGGAUUUUUACAACACUUGUGCAAUUUACCUACUACCAACCGGCCUGUAUUGUCAGUUAGAAUCACUUUGACCCUUUAUCUGAAGCACAGAUGUUACCGACCUUGAAUAAAGGUUGGACUGCAGCUUCUGCAGGACUGAGUUCUAGACAUAUAAAAAGUGUCUGGAGCAGGCAGGGACUUCUAUGUGUUAAAUACCUUCAUGUCCAGUUCUUUUGUGUAGUUUGCAGACUGCAUUAAGCUUAGACUUGACUGUAUAGGAUGGCAAGUUAAAGCUACAAGAUUUUAUGAGUCACAUCUAAUACCAUACUUGUCUUGGACCUUAAAAGGGAAUUUUCUCUCUUCAGUGUUAUUUAGUUGUUUCUGCUAAUUUUUAUCAGAAAUUAUAAAAAUUAAUACCAUCUGUCUGGAUUUGAGGAUGAUGGUCCUCUUUUCCAAUUUUUUGUGAGCCUUGACCAAAAAACAUCAUAAGGAUACUUUUUUUAAAGCAUUUUUUCAACAGACAAAAGUGAAAAUAGGUCAAAGCUCAAACACGCUCCUAUAGCAGCCAAAGAGAAACUUCUGCAGCCACUGACCUCCCAUAGUAUGUACCCACAGAGGCUGCAGGUGAGAGCUGUUACCCAUUGCUUCCUAUCAGUUUCAGGGUUUUCUGAAUACAGUUAAAUGGCCAUAUAUGCCUCCUGUCUCUUUACUUGAGAUGAGUUUUAGGAUUUAUGUAUAAAACUUUGUUACCAAAAUUAAAAACAGAAGUUUCUGCAUGUUCCAGUCUUCAAUUGGUGAAGUAUCUCCAAUAUUCUAUCUCUUUGAGUAAUUUGUCACUAAAGUCACCUCUCUUAAUGGGUACUUUCUCCUAAUACUUCUUUGAUAUUUAUUUUUUCUAUUUAAAAUGGACUUUGUAGUAGAAACCUUCCUGGAGAUUAAAGUUGCAAUUUCAAAAUAA